AUGGUCACCUCGCUUACAGAUCCAUACUGGUAUUUACACACCUUGUCAAUCUGGACAAAGAAUAGAACGGGGCGAUCAUUACGAGCAGCAGUAGCAGUGAAUUCUGAUUUGGAGCGACAAAACGUUUCAAAUGUUGAUCAUAGUCAAGCUUCGGAAUCCAAUGGGUCAAACGUGGCAUUAAACAGUUACCCAAUAGGAUCGGCUGCACUUGAGAGAAACACUGCUGCUUGUCAGAACGAUUUGAUUGAAGAACAUGAAUCUACCAAAGAGGUCCCAGCCUUAAACGAAUGUGCAAUUGUAUCAGGUGAUGGUGCUGCUGUUGCUCUAGAGGCUCCUCAGAAUAAUCCUGUGGUAAGGGAUAUCCCCCGAACCAGAGACGAGACGUGUGAAAGUUUGGACGAGUUUGGAAGUGCUUGUGAAAAGUUUGAUGUUACUGAAAGCCCUGGAAAUUUAGAGGAUGUGUCUGCUCUAAAUCUUUCAAGAUUUGAGAUUAUUGGUAACUCCAAAGAAGCAGUGGCAGAGACCGGUGAAAGAGAUGAAGUGGUUGUCCUUGACGAUGAAGAGGGAAUCAUUGAUGCCAAUCCUACAAUAAUUGCCCAUCCAGCUGCCACCAGCAAGACUAUAUUUGACUCUUCGGCUCAAAUCCGAUUGACACCAACCACCCCUUUUAUCGAAGAAGGAAGCCUCAAGAAAAGAGAAAGAGAAGCUAAAACCAAGAUAAUCUGUGGAGUGGCUGACCGACUUUCAGAUAACCUCAUACGAGUUGGCGAUCUCGUCAUGGUUAUGAGACCCUUUUUUGGUGAAGAGGAAUCUCAUUUUCCGGUCCUUGAGCCUGGUGACUUGAUUCGCGUAAAUAAGCUUUACAUCAAUGAUCCAGAAAAUUCCGAAGAGAAUUCAAUUUUUGAGAAAGCAAAGCGGCCUUCAUUUCAGCAUGAAUCAAGGAAAGAUGGGGUGAUUGACUUGUCAAAUUUGAGCGAGUUGCUGCUGAACGAUUCCUUGCAUGAUGUUAGUUUGCAAGAAAUCACAAUUUUGAAAAGCGAUGAGCUGUACAACAAAGUCUUUUGUACGGGAGUGCUCGUCAACAAAUUGCUAGGAGAAUUGUCUGAAGAUAAGAUGAUUGGGGCACAAAGGGAAGAAAUUGAACUGGAGAUGGAUAACCCAGGAAAAGAUUUCCCUUUGUACGUGGUUAGUUUGAGAGAAACAAUCUCACAAUUGUUCAAGAGGGCAUCAUCAAAUUGA